CUUGCUUAGUAAAAUUUAAUUCAACAUCUAGUGAUGUCAUGAUAACAUCUUGUUUAUUUUUCCAACAUCGCGUUGCUCCUUGUAAAUGGCAAGUUUGAACAGCACUCAACCUUCUUUAGUUGCAACCUAUCCUUCAAGUAACAACACACGUGUUUUUGACUACCAUUGAUAAUAUUAUUGUCAAGUAUGGGAAAAAUUAAAAAAGAGGCGGAAGAUAAAUUGCCAGAAGGUAUGAAAUCGUCAAAUGAUGUUAAAAACAAAUCAGUUAGGAGAAAAAGGAUCGUUAAAGAAUUGUUAGAAAAGAGAAAGGCCAAAAGAGAAGCCCGAAAAAAACGAAGGGAAGGAGGUGAAAAACCUGGUGUCCCUCAUACAAUUGAAAGUUUAAGAGUUAAAGAUGAAACUGUAUUGGAAGCCACUGAAGCUAAUGAAGAGCGUAUUGAGGAAAUGCAUGUUGAUAUUAAAACAGAUGAAUUCCAACAUUAUUUUAAUAUGGAGUAUGAGCCAAAAGUUCUUAUCACUUUCAAAGAUAAUCCAUUAAAGCGUUCUAGAAUCCUUGGUGUAGAAUUAAGCAGAGUUAUACCUAACUCAAUGUUCAGGUACAGAGGUCGAUCCAGCACAAAGAAAAUAGUAAAAAGAGCUAUCGAAAGAAACUUCUCUGAUGUUGUUCUUAUUAAUGAAGACAUGAAAGAACCAAAUGGUUUAUUGUUAAUCCAUUUACCAUCAGGACCAACAGCUUAUUUUAGGAUGAGCAAUAUGAAACUUACUACUGAUUUAAAACUUAGCCACAAAGAUAUUAAUUUUCAUCGUCCUGAAAUAAUUUUAAACAACUUUACAACAAGACUAGGUACAUCAAUUUCCAGAAUGUUGGCAAGUUUGUUUCAUUAUGAUCCCGAAUUUAGAGGCAGGCGAGUGGUCACAUUUCACAAUCAAAGAGACUAUAUCUUCUUUAGGCAUCAUAUGUAUGAAUUUAGGAAAAAAGACGCACAUCCUAAAUUGAAAGAAUUGGGACCUAGGUUCACUUUGAGAUUAGAAUGGCUUCAGCAAGGAACAUUUGACACAAAACUUGGUGAAUAUGAAUGGAUCAAAAGAGAUCGUAGGCAUGAUCUGGAAUCUAAUAGGCGGAAAUUUCAUUUAUGAUUAUUGUAUAAUGUUCUUGUAUUUUAAUUUUGUUUGUAAUAUAAAUUAUUUUUAUAUUUA